AUGGACGGGCCGCGCCUGCUGCUGCUGCUGCUGCUCCUGGGGGUGUCCCUCGGAAGUGCCAAGGAGGCAUGUCCCACGGGCCUGUACACCCACAGCGGGGAGUGCUGCAAAGCCUGCAACCUGGGUGAGGGGGUGGCCCAGCCUUGCGGAGCCAACCAGACCGUGUGUGAGCCCUGCCUGGACAGCGUGACCUUCUCGGACGUGGUGAGCGCCACCGAGCCGUGCAAGCCGUGCACCGAGUGCGUGGGCCUGCAGAGCAUGUCGGCGCCGUGCGUGGAGGCGGACGAUGCCGUGUGCCGCUGCGCCUACGGCUACUACCAGGACGAGGCGACGGGCCGCUGCGAGGCGUGCCGCGUGUGCGAGGCGGGCUCGGGCCUCGUGUUCUCGUGCCAGGACAGGCAGAACACCGUGUGCGAGGAGUGUCCCGACGGCACGUACUCGGACGAGGCCAACCACGUGGACCCGUGCCUGCCCUGCACCGUGUGCGAGGACACCGAGCGCCAGCUGCGCGAGUGCACGCGCUGGGCCGACGCCGAGUGCGAAGAGAUCCCUGGCCGUUGGAUUACCCGGUCCACACCCUCGGAAGGCUCGGACAGCACUGCCCCCAGCACGGAGGAGCCCGAGGGGCCUCCAGAGCAAGAUGUCAUAGCCAGCACAGUGGCAGAUGUGGUGACCACAGUGAUGGGCAGCUCUCAGCCCGUAGUGACCCGAGGCACCACGGACAACCUCAUCCCUGUCUACUGCUCCAUCCUGGCCGCUGUGGUUGUGGGCCUAGUGGCCUACAUUGCCUUCAAGAGGUGGAACAGCUGCAAACAGAACAAGCAAGGAGCCAACAGCCGGCCCGCGAACCAGACGCCGCCGCCGGAGGGAGAAAAGCUCCACAGUGACAGUGGCAUCUCUGUGGACAGCCAGAGCCUGCACGACCAGCAGCCCCACACGCAGACGGCCGCAGGCCAGGCCCUCAAGGGGGAUGGAGGUCUCUACAGCAGUCUGCCACCGGCCAAGCGGGAGGAGGUGGAGAAGCUGCUCAAUGGCUCUGCGGGGGACACCUGGCGGCACCUGGCAGGCGAGCUGGGCUACCAGCCUGAGCACAUAGACUCCUUCACCCACGAGGCCUGCCCCGUCCGAGCCCUGCUUGCCAGCUGGGCCGCCCAGGACAGCGCGACACUCGACGCCCUUCUGGCUGCCCUGCGCCGCAUCCAGCGAGCUGACAUCGUCGAGAGCCUGUGUAGCGAGUCCACGGCCACGUCCCCGGUGUGAGCCGCCCCCCGGAGCCCCUGCCCUGCCCCCACAUUCUGACGGCUGAUGCUCCAGCCACCCCCACGGGCCAGCGUCAGAGCUGAGCUCCGGGCAGGGCCGCGGAGCCCGGGCCCCUCCACCGCAGCCCUGUCCCUGCUCCCGUGUGGCCCCAUCGCUUCUGAUCGCUCUCUCCAGCGCCAGAAGGGCCCCUGCUGCCUCUCCCACCCCGCCCCUAACAUCACAUCUCACAUCUUCGCCCUUCUCCCCGCACUCUGGGUGGGCCAGCCCCUCCCAUCUCAGCAGGUGUCAGGCCUGGGGGCUGACACCAAGGAUGGUGCUGGGGACGAUGACAAAGCCCCAGAGACUCGAAGGGAGAGACUGAGGAACCAGAGCCAUGGGCUCUACACUGUGAACUUGGGGAAUGAGGGACCAUCAUUGUGGCCUACGUCCUCCCUCAGCCCCCUCACCCUCCUCUCUGGCCCAAGAUGAAGACCACCAGAGGCUUGUCAGAGCUGAAAGGGGGUUUUGAAGUCUAGUCCACCCCAUUGUUUUUACAUAUAGGAGAGUCAAGCCCAGAGAGAGGGAGUGACUUGCCCAAAGCCACCCAGCAAUGGGGAGGACAAAUGUGGGCUGCCCCCACUCUCUGAAUUAGGGAGUGCAGGCCUCAGGUUUGCUU